AUGCAUUCAUCUUUGUUCACGCUAUUGGUGGUAGCGGCAUCUGCCCAGGCCUCUUGUGCCCGGACUACGCGCAAGUUCUCUCUCAAGACCACUUACGACUCCAGCAACUUCUUUGAUCAGUUUUACUUCAGAGAUGCUGCCUAUUACGAUAGCAUUGACCCUUCCUACGGAGGUGAUCCUACCCACGGAUCAGUCAACUACUUGAGCAAAAGCAAAGCUCAGUCUGCUGGUCUUGCCAAAACAACCAACGGCCAAGUUUACGUCGGUGUCGACUCUGUGAACAAGGCUAAACUGCUCGGUUCAAGCAAGACCAGACACGGCAGAGAUAGUGUCCGUCUGGAAUCCAAGGCUACUUAUGGCAAUGGUCUUUUGAUUGCCGACAUUGAGCACAUGCCUGGUACGGCUUGUGGUGUUUGGCCAUCCUUCUGGUCGUACAACUUUGACGAGGACCCAGUCGGGGAGAUUGACAUCAUCGAAGGAAUCAACGACCAAAGCCAAAACGUCGUCUCAUUGCAUACAUGCGGUGCUUGCAAGUUCACCAAGAUCGGCGGUCUUGACGAGCGCCCUAACUGCAACAACGGCGGGACUGAGUCUGAGCAAUGCGAGGAUGGCACCAACUACGACGGUUGCGGUAGCACUCACGCCUCAGGUUCAUAUGGAUCGGCCUUCAACAAGGGCAAGGGAGGUGUCUAUGCUGUCUGGCUUGAGUCAGAUGCUCUGAAGAUCUACUGGUUCAACCGCAAGAGCAUUCCAGCCGACAUCAAGUCUGGAAACCCCGAUCCCAGCAAAUGGGGUACUCCUGCUUCGCAGUUCCUCAGCGGUUCUGGAUGUAAUGUUGGAAAGUACUUCAAGGGGCAAACCAUCAUCAUCAAUACUGCGUUCUGUGGAGACAACAUCGAUCAAGGCACUUGGAACGAAGAGUGCAAGGCUUCUACUGGAUCCAAGACCUGCGAUGACUAUGUCACCAACCACCCUGAGGCUUUCAAAGAGUCGUACUGGCUCUUCAACUCCAUCAAGUAUUACCAAUAG